AUGGUGUCCCCAGCAUUGGCACUGGCCUUCCUGCCCUUUGUGGCCACACUGCUCAUCCGCUACCGGCACUACUUUCUGCUCUUCUACCGGGCAGUCCUGGUGCGGCACCUGCGGGACUUCCUGACCGGCAUCCCCCGAGAGGAGCGUGCCUUCCAGUACCUGCUGACCCACGCCAUUCCCGGGGACCCCCAGCACAUCCUGGAGACCUUCGACCAGUGGAGCGCCCACUGCGAGUACCUCAGCAACCUGGGCCCACAGAAAGCCAAGAUCCUGGAGCGGCUGAUCUACGAAAAGGCUCCGCUGACCGUCCUGGAGCUGGGCACCUAUUGUGGCUACGGUACUGUGGUCACUGCGCAGGCAUUGCCGUUGGGCGCCCGAAUCUACACUGUGGAGAUGGACAGCCGCAAGGCCGCCGUGGCCGAGAAGGUCAUCCGCCUGGCUGGCUUCGAUGAUGACACGGUGGAGCUGAUUGUGGGCUCCUCGGAGGAGGUCAUCCCGCAGCUGAAGGAGAAGCAUGGCUUGUUCCGUGUGGACCUGGUCUUCAUGGACCACUGGAAGCGCUGCUACCUGCGCGACCUGCAGCUGCUGGAAGCCCACGGCCUUCUCCCCGAAGGGGCCACCGUCCUGGCCGACAACGUCAUCUUCCCGGGGGCCCCGCACUUCCUGCAAUACGUCAAGGCUUGCGGAAAGUACAAGUGGAGGGUGCACCGGACCAGCCUCCAGUACUUCCGGGCCAUUCCCGACGGGAUGGCGCAGCUCACCUACACUGGGGAAGAGUGA